UCUUUUGCAAUAUUCCUUCAUGCUGCGGACAACAUCACUGUGACAAUUAAACCUGGGUCUUCUGUUCCACAACUAAAAUACUGUAAAAUCUGUACAAGAAAAAUAUGCAAAUCUGAACUCAGGAUAACUACUGGGGUAAAAGAAGAUUUUACUUUCCAGUGUACAACACCAGAGAAAUAUUUAGUCAUGGAAAUCCAGAAGAACAUCGAUUGUAUGUCAGGCCCGUGCCCCUUUGGAGACGUUCAUCUUCAGCCAUCCGCACUGCCUCGCCUUAACAGGACCUACAUCUGGGAUGUGAAAGCCAAUAAGAAGGUUGGACUUGAACUGAAAUUUUCUACACCAUGGUUAAGGCAGAUUGGGCCCACAGACACUUGUCCAGAUUUAAUCACUUACAGUAUCAGCAGCUGUAUUGAUACUACCAGAGUCAGCAUUGGAACCUUCUGCAGAAAUGGCUCAGUGUCUCGGGUCAAGGUGCAGGGGGGAGUUGUCAUGGCUUUACAGCUCCCAUGGAAUUCAGAUCUCACCACCUCUGGCUUUAACAUAGCAAACAGAUCUUCCAUAAAAAGGUUGUGUAUUAUUGAAUCUACUUUUAAAGGAGAGACGUCAGCAACCCUAAUGUCUGCCAACUACCCACUGGGAUUCCCAGAAGAUGAGCUCAUGACAUGGCAGUUUGUUGUUCCUUCUAACCUUAGAUCCAGUGUCAUCUUCCGCAACUAUAGCCUUUCCAACUGUGAAAGGAAAGAGGAAAGGGUGGAGUAUUACUUACCUGCAUUGUACAGUAGCCCUGAGGUUUUGAAACUGAGUGACAAACAACCUGCCAAUAUUCCUGGCAAUUUCAACUUGUCCCUGCAGGGCUGCGAUCAUGAUGAUCAGAACCCUGGGAUCCUCAGUCUGCUUUUUCAGAUUGUAGUUCAACAUCCUCAAAAUGAAGAGAAUGUAACAUACUUGAUUGACUUACGCAGAGAGAGGGACAUAAGUAUAACCAUACAGCCAAAAUCACCACACAGUGGGCAUCCGUUGCCGUUUGAGCCAGAAUGUUUGAUCUGUAAAGAUCCUAGAACCUGUGAACGUAAUGUAACUUUAACAUCAGGCACCAUGUACGGGAUUUUCUUCCUGUGUUAUGAUUUGGAGCAUCUGAGCAUCACAGCUGAAAAAACCAUAGCCUGUUGGGAUCUCAGAUACUGCCAAAAGAAGAUCUAUGACCUCACUGUGCCCAGAGCUAUUUCCCAGCUCCCAGUUCGGCUGGAUAAGUUUACUUGGAAGCUAUUGGCUCCAGAAGAGAUCAAUGUGGAAAUAAUUUCUCCGUCCUUGAAGCUACAACAACACAUCCAAGAGCAGAGGUGCAAUAAAAGUUACAGCUACGGCAUUGUCAGCACCGCCAAGGGAAAGGAGUUAAACCUAGGUAGAUUCUGUCCUGGUGGAUCCAUUGAAAAGAUUCAGAUGAGAGACAAUAUCACCAUAUCCCUAAAAACAUUUGGCAGAGGAUUUCUCAAUGAUUCUCUUAAUCAGGAUCUGAAAAUGUCUUUUGUGCCAUUUAUUAAAGAGGAAUGUAUCUUCACUGUGACCCCAGACCCAAAAGCUCAAGUUUACCUACAGACCCCUAACUGGUUCGAGGGUUUGCCUCCUUAUGUCUCCGUGUCCUGGAACAUCACAGUCCCCAGUAAGCAAGUUGCUCGCUUAGCAUUCUUGAAGGAGCGGAUGGACAUUACUUGUGAAACAGGGCGUGCCUAUGUCAACAUAAAGGAACAGAAACCAAAGGCUGAAGAAACUGUGCGCCGUGAAGAUGAGCUGCUUCCUGAGCCCCUGCAUAUGUAUCACCACUUCUGGGUAAACAUCUCUAACUGUAACCCAGUGAAUAAGAAACAGCUGAGCCUGCAGUUCUGGGUGACAUUUGUCUCACAAAAGACAGAUCUGUCAGUGAUAAUUGCUGUGGUAGUUGGUGUGGCUGGAGCGCUGUCAAUUAUCGGAAUCAUCAUAUGCUGCACUAGGAAGAAGAAGAAGGAAAGCCAGAAUCCUGGAGUGGGUACAUACAAUGCCAACAUCAAUACCCAUAUGCCUGGAAGACAGGGCUUAUUCAAAAAGAGGAGGCAGGACAAUGACUCCCAUGUCUAUGCAGUCAUUGAUGAUGCCAUGGUCUAUGGAGAUUUGCUGAAGGAAUCCAAUGGAUCAGUCAAUCCAGAGGUAGAUGUGUACCGGCCUUUUGAUGGGCCUGUGGGUGACACACCACCUACUCCACCUCCCAUCUCUUUCAAGAGAACCACUAAAAUAUCAAACUCCGAGGAACUCCCGUUCUGCCCAGAGAGGGACAGUGAGCCAUACACUUUUGCACAUCACAAACCAGAGGAGACCAAGAGCAACGGAGACACAAGUGUGAACAGUACUGGAGAUGUGGGCAUGUCCUUGUUGGAAAGUAAGGAACAAGAAGGUUUGGUGGAAGAACUUAUGCCAAAGGAAUGA